GCCCGAGAUCGCAUCCCCGAGGGCAGGCGCGGGGAGGACGCCGGGGCCCAGGGGCACCCCGCGGCCUGGGGGUUGCUCAGGGUCUGGCCGGUCGUGUCCCUCCGCCCAGGAACGUGUCCCUGGUGGAGAACGUGGAGGCCUCGGGCGAGCGCACCGUGCACUACACGGACGAGGAGACGCGCCUGCACCUGGUGCAGAUGCUGACACACGCCCGCAGGGAGCCCGUAUUGCUCCGUGGACUGAUCCCCAAAGUACUCAGGACCACGGCAGGGACGGAAGCGAAGAUCGCCCGCCAGCUGAACGUCGGUAAGCCCCUGUCCAGCCCCAGGCCUGGCCGGCCCCUCCCCCGGGCAGCUGGGACCUGCCAGCGCGGAGAGCGCCGGGCUGGGGGUGCAGGGCCCCCCACCUCCCCAGCCCCGCCCGGGCGCGCGCAGGGCCCUGCGGGAGCCCGGUGGCAACCGCCUGGGGAUGAGGCGCCCGUGCGUGGGGCCGGGUACGCUUCCAGGGCUUUUAAGCGCAUUAUCUCGCUGGAGGCUCAUUCGCGGCGAGGACUGGAAGCCGACUGA